AUGGAGGGGCUACCGCAACAGCAGCACUCGUUCGACGAUCGAUCGAGGCUAACCGAGCGAGACCGCGAGGAUAGCGCGGGAUACGCUAAAAAAGCUAAACAGGACUUGGUGUCGUUUCUCUUAUCGUUCGCAUCCAUUUUCAGACGAGAUCGCGACCGGACGCCUAGACGCGACGCGGAUGUCCCGAUCGCGCGACCGCUCAGAAUCUUAGGAAGACGCUACCCAUUAACCAAAACCGCGUACAAACAUCUCGAGGUCAGCGUUAACGUUAGUCGACCCUCUUUUGUGGAGAUCGCCCUUGGAGAUUGUCACGGCAAGGAGAUCUCGCUAACGCCGGAUAUGUGGAAGGAACUGCUCGAUCUACGAUCCACGCUUCUAUCCUAUUUUCGCUCUGACGAGCGCGAUGAGACGCGUCCUCCGGCGCCGAUAUACAUUGAAAAGUUGACGCUGCGAUUCGGCAAACUCAACAAUCUCCGAAUACUCCGUCUCGAAACGCUCAAGGUUCGUCUGGCCGUAUCGAAGAGCACCGUUCUAACUAUAUUAAACCUAGAGCUUUGCGUCAACCGCAUCGUUACAUCUUUAAACGGUUUAACCGCGCACGUGGAUAACAAGCUGACUCGUUUCCUCGAUAUCGCGGCAGGCGCUCACGAUUCGGCGUUUAUUCCCGCGAUGAUACGCGAUAACGAGAACUUCGACUGCAACGAUCUCAUCGAUUGCGAGCUGCAGGCUCUGCUCUUCGGAGAAUCGUGAUACGCUUAUCCGCAUACUCGUAUUAUCGCAUUAUUAAUAUAUAUCAAAUAUUGUA